AUGGCGGAAGCCCACCAAGCCGUGGCCUUCCAGUUCACGGUCACCCCAGAUGGGAUCGACCUGCGGCUGAGCCACGAAGCCCUGAAGCAGAUCUACCUGUCUGGACUUCAUUCCUGGAAAAAGAAGUUCAUCAGAUUCAAGGUGUAUAACAUCAUUUGCGGCUACAUGUCCAGCCAGACGAAGAACGUGGUCAGCGGCCUCCUGUUCGGCACGGGGCUGUGGGUGGCCCUCAUCAUCACCAUGCGCUACUCUCUCAAGGUGCUGCUGUCCUACCACGGCUGGAUGUUUGCCCAGCACGGCAAGAUGAGCCGCGCCACCAAGAUCUGGAUGGUAACGGAGCCUCCCUUCGCCCUCGACACCAUCCAGCACAUAAGGGACAGCAAGCACAUCGUCGUGUUCCACAAAGGCCGUUACUUCAAGGUCUGGCUCUAUCACGACGGCCGGCUGCUGAAGCCCCGGGAAAUCGAGCAGCAGAUGCAGAGGAUUUUGGACGACCCCUCGGAGCCCCAGCCCGGGGAGGCCAAGCUGGCGGCCCUCACCGCGGGAGAAAGCAACCACUUAGUGGCAAUGAACACAACUGCCCAGACUUUGCUCGCUGUCACCAGGGGGCAGUAUUGUCCCCGGUUGGCCAGCACCGGCUUCCGGCGAUGGGGCAGCUGCCAGGGCAGCAAGGUGUACGUCCUGGCCACUGACUCCUUUCAGCUGGGUUAUGCCGAGGACGGGCACUGCAAGGGCGACCCCAACCCGAACAUUCCGUACCCCACCCGGCUGCAGUGGGACAUCCCGGAGGAAUGUCAGGAGGUGAUCGAGACUUCCCUGAGCUGCGCGAACCUUCUGGCCAACGACGUGGAUUUCCAUUCUUUCCCGUUCCACACCUUCGGCAAAGGACUCAUCAAAAAGUGCCGGACGAGCCCGGACGCCUUUGUGCAGCUCGCACUCCAGCUGGCGCAUUACAAGGACAUGGGCAAGUUUUGCCUCACGUACGAGGCCUCCAUGACCCGGCUCUUCCGAGAGGGGAGGACGGAGACCGUGCGUUCCUGCACCACGGAGUCUUGCAACUUUGUGCUCGCCAUGGUGGACCCCACCCAGACGGGGAACCGGGCGUGCGCCAUGAGAGAAUCUCCUUGUCCUCAACAGGUCUUAUCAGAGCCUUGGAGAUUAUCAACCAGCCAGACCCCUCAGCAGCAGGUAGAGCUGUUCAAUUUGGAGAAGAAUCCAGAGUACGUGUCCAGCGGAGGGGGCUUUGGACCGGUUGCGGACGAUGGGUAUGGGGUGUCCUACAUCCUCGUGGGCGAGAACCUCAUCAACUUCCACAUAUCUUCCAAAUUCUCCUGCCCUGAGACCGACUCGCAUCGCUUUGGGAAGCACCUGAAACAGGCCAUGACUGACAUCAUCGGUUUGUUUGGGUUCAGCUCCAACUCCAGAAAGUAA